ACUACAGCUCCGGGAAACGUCACCGAACCAAGCGUCGUUGCCUCGAAUUUUCUGAGUUUUUGGAUGUUGAGAAAACGCUUUAAAAAAGCUGUGAAGCAGACGAAUUAGCUCGUCCGACUCUGCCUCCUCGGGACGGUUUUUGUGAUCACCGACGGCAAGCCGGGAUACAAGAUGGCGUUGCCAGUGAAUUAUAAACACAACAUACCGGGUCCCUCGAUGACUCCGCAACGGAUUCGUCCAUCAGGCUCGGGCGCCGACCGGAAGGACAACUCCAGCCCCUUCAUGCACAGCCCGCACGGUAAUCCGGCAUUUACGCCCCAGAAGAUGGGCAAAGCUUCGGCCGCAUCCGAGUCGAAGAUGAUCAAGCCACCGAAACCGCCGGAGAAGCCGCUCAUGCCGUACAUGCGCUAUUCGCGUAAGGUUUGGGACUCGAUUAAGGCCUCCAACUCGGACCUCAAACUGUGGGAGGUGGGUAAGAUAAUUGGGCAGCAGUGGCGUGAUCUUCCGGAAGCGGAAAAGGAAGAGUACAUCGCGGAGUACGAGCAAGAGAAGACGGAGCACGAGAAGAACAUGAAGGCGUACCACAACUCGCCAGCCUACCUGGCCUAUCUGACCGCACGCAAUAAAGCCAAACCGGGCGAUGGUGAUGGUCACGAGACCUCUUCCCGCUCGAGCUCGAAAGCACAGCAGCAGGACCGGCGUAUCGACAUCCAGCCGGCCGAAGAUGAGGACGAUCCGGAUGAUGGCUAUUCGUUCAAACACGUAGCUUACGCUCGCUUUUCGCGCAACCAUCGUUUAAUUAACGAAAUCUUCUCCGAUGCCGUCGUACCGGACGUGCGUUCCGUCGUCACGACGCAGCGUAUGCACGUGCUGAAGCGCCAGGUUCAAUCGCUGACGAUGCAUCAGAUGAAGCUACAGCACGAGCUGCAGCUGAUCGAGGAAAAGUUUGAAACGCGCAAACGGAAGUUUGUCGAAUCGAGCGAGCUGUUUCAGGACGAACUGAAGAAACACUGCAAACCGGCGGUCGAUGAGGAAACGUUCCAGAAGAUGGUCGAACGGCAGUACGAGAUGAUGAAGCGGGAACGUUUGCGGGCACUGGAGGAGGCACAGAAGCCUCCGGCUCCCGCUCCGGCCCCAGCUCCUGCUCCGGCAAGCCAGCCACCAACGUCGCAAGCACCACCUGCGGCUCCGAGUGCCACGAAAGCUGAGGAGCAAACCCCGGAGCAGCCUGCAGGUGCCACCGCCACCGCUGCCUCAACUCCGACCAAUGGGAAUGAGCCAGCUGUUGCUGCUACUGCUCCGGCCGUUGCUCCGGCAACACAGGAAACCGGUAGUGACGGUAGCGCUGAUCGGUCAUCUCCGAUGGCUAUGGCGACUUCCGAUGAAUCGCAAGGAUCACAGGAUUCAUCGACGACUGGUCCGGUUUCGGAGAAGAAGGAGCUAGCUGAAGAACUGAAACCGGAAGCAAAGGAUGAUGCUGCAACGCCGGUUGGUGCUCCGGUAUCGAAUGCCUCACCGGAGGAGGCGAAGGCGGUCGCAGCCCCACCGGUGUCGCAGCCAUCAACAGCUCCUCCGUCACACCCGAUUGGGCCACCGCCGGUAACAUCAGCAGCAGGACCACCUACAGCAGCAACCGAGGCUCCUCCAUCGGUGGCACCUCCGGCAUCGAUUCCUUCUCAGCCACCAGCACUACCACCACCAGGUCAUAUGCCACCAGUUGCUGCUCCACCGGCAGCGCCACAUCAACAUCCGGGCGUUGUUGGUACACAGCAAUCGGAACCGAAACCGGAAAUACCCCCAACCUCUAUCGUGCACCACACGUCAUCACAUCCACCUCCAGUGGCUGCUGCACAUGGUGGUCAUCCACCGGGCGGUCCAGUAAUGCCUCCCGUUCAUGGUGGCUAUGCACCACCACCAGUCUCCGCAGCCGGUGCACCGGUUCCUCCACAUCAGGUUCCCUCGGUGCCAACACCGCCACCUCCAUCGCACACUCCUGAAUCGCAAAUCCCACCCCCAAAUGUGACCGUACCGCACCAGCAUCAACCGCCGCAUCCGGCACCACCACAUCAUAUGCCACCGCAUAUGCAGCCACACCCGGGUAUGCCAACGCAUGGUUCACCGUUCCCUGGUUAUCCGCAUGCUGGAUCUCCCCGUGCUCCCUACUAUCUGCCCGGGUACGGUGGCCAUCCCCAACCGUACGGUCAGUAUGGGCACUAUCCAUACCAUCAGCAGUACGGACCACCGCCACCACCCGGUGGAUAUCCAGUUCCCGGGGGACCACCGGGUUCCCGUCCGAUGGGUCAUUACGGUGAGGUGCAUCAUGCGGAACCACCGCACCAUGGCUACGGUCCACCACCGCCACCGGGAGCUACAGGACAUGGUAUGCCGCCAGGUGCGGUACCUGCGCCCGGUCAACCGCAUGCUGCCGGUCCACCGACAAUGGUUACGGCUACGGCUACAGUUACGCCACCGGCGGUACAUGCUACCCCUGCAGCCGCACCACCACCGGUGGCCGGUCCGGAGCCGGGUGAAAUCGAACCGGAAAAGAAUCCGGCCGCUACUCCGAAUAAAAAACGGAAGAAGGGUGGCGCCGCUAGCAAGCAAGAUGAUACCGAUAAGAAGGACGAUUAACUGAGCUUCUGCGAUGAAUGAAAACCAUCUACUAGGUAGUAGGACGUGGGAUUACCUUUUUACUCUUCGAUUUAUCCACUUAUUCGUGUCUAUGUAGCUCGAUGAGCAUAAUUCAUUCAAUAAAGAUCUAGAUCUAGAAGAAAAGUA